GAAAGUUCUUUCGACUUUGAGCUUUAUAGGCGUCGUGAAGUCCAUUUUCGACGUGAGUUUUUGUUUAUAGACUAGUAAAAGCUUCCUUGUGCCAGUUCGUCAGAUCCUUCAAACGCAAGUAAAUAAAUUUUAUUAUAGAUAUUUGUGGGUCCGAAGGACGGUGGCGUCGCUGGUAGCAGUAGCACAAGGUAAAGUCACUAUUAGAGAUAUUAAAUUUAUGCUGGAAAUUCCUUCCCAUCGAUCGUGGUGCCCCCAGAUAAAAACACUGCCGGCGCACGGACUCUAUCUUUGCGAAGUAGAGUACGCGAAAGAGGACUGGGACACUUUUACGAGUUUUCCGAGGGCCUAAUUGUUUACAAUGGUAGGGUCUAGAGUAUAUGUAGGUGGGCUGCCUUAUGGGACCACAGAGCGGGACCUGGAGCGCUUUUUCAGAGGGUACGGCCGGAUGAGGGACGUUCUCAUUAAAAACGGAUACGGGUUUGUUGAGUUUGACGAUUAUAGAGAUGCUGAUGAUGCUGUGUAUGAAUUAAACGGUAAAAAACUUUUAGGGGAGCGUGUGACUGUGGAAAGAGCCCGAGGGACGCCCAGGGGUCGUGACCAGUGGUCAUCCAGCCGCAAUGACCACCGCUCCCACGAACGCUAUGGACCACCAACCCGGACCAACUACCGGUUGAUCGUCGAGAACCUAUCCUCCCGUAUCAGUUGGCAGGAUUUGAAAGAUUACAUGCGCCAGGCCGGCGAAGUCACUUACGCGGACGCACAUAAGCAGCAUCGCAAUGAGGGGGUCGUCGAAUUCGCGUCUUACUCUGACAUGAAAAAUGCCAUCGAGAAACUCGACGACACCGAGUUGAACGGCAGACGCAUACGCCUAGUCGAGGACAAAAACACUAAACGCAGACGUUCCGGGUCCUACAGCAGCCGCAGCAGGUCACGCAGCCGUUCUGCCAGACGUUCUAGGUCUCGCAGCCGCUCCAGGCGAAGCUCCCACUCAAAGAGCAAGUCCAGGUCGAGAUCUCGCUCGGGCAGCGCCAAGGCCGACCGAGACCGCGCCAGCAAAUCUAAGUCUAGGUCCCGAUCAAGGUCUAAUUCUCGCAAGAAGUCUGUGGAUCGUUCAAGGUCAAACUCUAGAAAGAAGUCGACCGAACGCUCUCGCUCGAGGUCGCGCUCUCGCACCCCGGAUAAACGAUCAAAGUCUCGCGAGGCGUCCAAGGAGAGGUCCAGGUCUAGAUCACGUUCUGCCAGCAAGGGCCGGAGCAAGUCCAGGAGUCGGUCAGGAUCAGCAAACUAAAUUAAAACUUAUCGCAAAACCAGGAGAACAGUUCUAGUGUGUAUAAUUUUAAGGAAUUAGUAGUUGGUCUGUAACAUAAAUACCAUUACGAUGUUUUAAUAUUUAAACAAACUGUAUGUUAUUAAAUAUUUCAUAUAUAAACUAGAGAAA